GUGACGAAUGUCAGCAUGACGGAAGUCAGCCUAGCCUGGAGCAGCAAUGACUCUGAGUCCUUUAGGCUCUCUGUCAUACAGGAUGGAGCUGGACUGCUCAGGGUGGAAAACAGCACCGACCAGAGCAUCACCAUCCGUGACUUAAAUCCUGGGACCAACUAUGUCUUUGAAAUAGUUGCACAAGGACCAAAUGGGACUGAAGGGGACCCACAGAAUGUCUCCUGUACAACUGGAUCCAGUCCUGUGUUUGACUUUGAAGUUGCUUCUGUUGGUCCAACCAGUGUGAUCCUAACCUGGAAAAACAACAACACGGCAGCUUCUGAGUACACCUAUAGGAUAAAGGAUGAGAGGGACAAUGAGUGGACAGUGACUGACAAAAACCAGACGAGGUGUAACAUCACAGGCUUAAGUCCAGCCACGUCAUACAGAUUCUCCAUCUACCCAGUAAUAGGCAAUGAAACUUGGAAACACCCUGUGCUUACAAAUGUCACAACAGAGCCUGAGCCAGUUUCUGGACUGCGUGUUGUCUCCAUGGGCGUGACCCAGGCUUCUCUGAGCUGGAGCAGUCACAAUGCCACCGCCUCCUACCGGGUAUUCCUUCAAAGCUACGGGAUUCAUAAUAAUUCGACUCCAGACUCUGCGGUCAAUAUUUCAGUCCAGAAGUCAGGGUUUGAACCUGGAGUCGUCUGGCGUGUGCUAGAAUCCAACGAGACACAGAAGGACCCUGUGCUUUCAGAAGGUGGCUUGGAAGCCAACAGCACGGACAGACCCUCAGCCGAGAGCUUGCCUUCACCACGCAGCAGCCCCACAGCCUCUGUGGCUGUAGAGUACCUUGAACCUCUGACCCCAUCAGAUGUGAAAGUGCUUCUGGUGGGAUUAGAACCCAGUACUCUGUACAGAGCCACCGUGUUUCCUCAAGCAGCCGAUGGCACAGAAGGCCAGUCACAGGACGUUGAAUUCAGGACAUACUUUAUCCAGGUUUUUGAUGUCGAAGUUGUGAACAUCAGUGCCACAAGCAUGACCCUGACCUGGAACUUCAGCCACAAUGGGUCAUACUCUGCCUAUACCUACGAGGUCCACGUGGCUAGUGAGAUGGAGUUCUUCAAUGUCACUGUCAACGAUACUCGUGCUGUCAUCUCUGGACUCAGUUCAAGUACCCUCUACAACAUCACCGUGUGUCCUUUCCUGCAGGACACUGCAGGCACACCAGGCUUUCUCCAAGUGUACACCUUGCCUAAUCCAGUGUCUGACUUCCGAGUGACAAGUGUCGGCCUGAGAGAAGUCAGCCUAGCCUGGAGCAGCAAUGACUCUGAGUCCUUUAGGCUCUCUGUCAUACAGGAUGGAGCUGGACUGCUCAGGGUGGAAAACACCACUGACCAGAGCAUCACCAUCCGUGACUUAAAUCCUGGGACCAACUAUGUCUUUGAAAUAGUUGCACAAGGACCAAAUGGGACUGAAGGGGACCCACGGAAUGUCUCCUGUACAACUGUCCGCAGUGCAGUGUCAGACCUCCGCGUGGCUGACGUCACUACCACUGAAAUACGGCUGGAGUGGCAGAACACAGACAACGCCUCCGAUUACAUCUACCACGUGUUGCUACAGUCUCAGCAUGGCUUUAAUAAAACCAGCACUUCUCACAAAGUCAUCACUCUUGGAGGGUUGGUCCCAGGCACCUUGUACAACAUCACCAUCUCUCCAGAAGCAAGCUAUGUGCAGGGAGACCCGGGCUCCAUCUCCCAGCACACACGGCCCAGCAAUGUGUCCAAUAUUGAAAUAAGCAUCAACACCACAGCUGUGACUUUGACUUGGGAGAACUUGGAUGAGGCCUCUGCCACGUACUCCUACCGCCUUGUCAUCGAGGAGGUUGGUAGCUCAAGCAACACAACGCAGAUAGUGAAGAUGGUUGAAGUCACUUCCGUCACCGUCACUGAAUUAAUCCCUGGCUCACCCUACGCAGUAGAGAUCUUUACACAAGUGGGGAAUCUGACCGAGUCAUCAGCCCCUGGCAGGGAGUCAUUCUGUACAGAUGCUGCACCAGUGGCUGCUGUCCACUGUGAAGUGGUUCCCAAAAAGCCAGCCUUGGUUCUGAAAUGGGCCUGCCCUCCUGGCGCCAACAUGGGCUUCGAGCUGGGGGUCAGCAGUGAUGCCUGGAAGAAUGUGACACAACUGGAGGGUUGCUCAUCCGAGAAUGACACUGAGUACAGGAAGGAAGUCACGUCUUUGAAUUUCUCUGCCUCGUACAACAUCAGUGUCACCACCUUGUCCUGUGGAAAGAUGGCACUCGCCACCCAAAACACCUGCACCACCGGCAUUACAGACCCCCCCGUUCCAGAUGGAUCUCCUAAUAUUACUUCUGUCAGUCACAAUUCCGUGAAGGUAAAGUUCAGUGGGUUUGAAGCCAGCCACGGACCCAUCAAGGCCUACGCCAUCAUUCUGACCACGGGGGCAGCUGGCCUCCCUUCCACAGACGUGUUGAAAUACACCUAUGAUGACUUCAAAAAGGGAGCCUCGGAUACAUACGUCACCUACCUCAUAAGGACAGACGAGAGGGGACGUUCUCAUGGCUUGUCUGAAGUCUUGAAAUAUGAGAUUGACGUCGGGAAUGAAUCUAUGACCCUGGGCUAUUACAACGGAAAGCUGGAACCCCUGGGAUCCUACCGGGCUUGUGUGGCUGGCUUCACCAACAUCACCUUCAUCCCUCACCACGAAGGCCUCAUUGACGGGGCUGAGAGCUACGUGUCCUUCAGCCGCUAUUCGGAUGCUGUGUUCUUGCCCCAGGAUCCAGGGGUCAUCUGCGGAGCGGUGUUUGGAUGUAUCUUUGGCGCCCUGGUUAUUGUGGCCGUGGGAGGCUUCAUCUUUUGGAGAAAGAAAAGGAAAGAUGCAAAGAACAAUGAAGUGUCCUUUUCACAAAUUAAACCGAAAAAAUCCAAGCUAAUCCGAGUAGAGAAUUUCGAGGCUUAUUUUAAGAAACAGCAAGCCGACUCCAACUGUGGCUUUGCAGAGGAGUACGAAGAUCUGAAGCUUGUUGGAAUCAGUCUCCCUAAGUAUGCAGCUGAGCUGGCUGAGAACCGAGGGAAGAAUCGCUAUAAUAACGUACUGCCCUAUGAUAUUUCCCGUGUCAAACUUUCAUUCCAGACCCAUUCAACAGAUGACUACAUCAAUGCCAACUACAUGCCUGGCUACCAUUCCAAGAAAGAUUUUAUUGCUACACAAGGACCUUUGCCAAACACUUUGAAAGAUUUCUGGCGAAUGGUUUGGGAGAAAAAUGUAUAUGCCAUUGUUAUGUUGACCAAAUGUGUUGAACAGGGAAGGACAAAAUGUGAGGAGUACUGGCCUUCCAAGCAGGUCCAGGACUAUGGGGACAUAACUGUGGCCAUGACGACGGAAAUUGUUCUUCCUGAAUGGACCGUCAGAGACUUCACAGUGAAAAAUGUCCAGACGAGUGAGAGUCACGCCCUGCGGCAGUUCCAUUUUACCUCCUGGCCGGACCAUGGCGUUCCUGACACCACUGAUCUGCUCAUCAAUUUCCGGUACCUUGUCCGCGACUACAUGAAGCAGAGUCCUCCUGAGUCGCCGAUUCUGGUGCAUUGCAGCGCUGGGGUUGGAAGGACGGGCACUUUCAUCGCGAUUGACCGUCUCAUCUACCAGAUGGAGAACGAGAACACCGUGGAUGUGUACGGCAUUGUGUACGACCUCCGCAUGCACAGGCCUUUAAUGGUGCAGACAGAGGACCAGUAUGUUUUCCUCAAUCAGUGUGUUUUGGAUAUUAUCAGAUCCCAGAAGGACUCCAAAGUAGAUCUCAUCUACCAGAACACGACGGCAAUGACCAUCUACGAAAACCUGGCACCCGUGUCCACGUGCGGCAAGACCAACGGUUACAUUGCCUGACUCCGGAGGAGAGCCCUGCUGAAGACGGCCUGCCGGCACACCCACAGCCAAGGAGCGUGCCCCUGGCUUGCCAUGUUGUUUCUGCGUCCACUAUCUUAAUCCUUUGUUCUCUUGCGUUUGAACUAACUUGGAGGGUGUGAAGCUGCAGGUGGGACACUUGACAAUGCCCAG